AUGGAGAGGAAGAGACCGACCCCGAGGGACGCGGCGUCGACCGCGGCGCGCGAGACACGCGCGCGUCGCCCCCGGACGAACGCCAUGGGUGGACACACCAAGGAAGAGCUCGAGCGAUCGACCGCGCUCGGACGGAACGCCAACGUGGUGUUCAUCAUGGUCUGGGCGCUCACGAUGUUCAUCGUCGACGGCGUCGUGUACGCGGUGGACCCUCCGCCGGGAGAGUCGAAGUGGGGGUACGGGCCCUCGGUGUUCUUGCUGUGCUUGAUCGCGGCGUUCCUGUGGUCGUGCGCAUCCGUGCUCAAGACGGAGAACAACCACAAGGCGGAACUCAAGCGACUUCGCGAGACGAAAACUCUCGCCGAGCUCAUGUCCAUCAACAUGGGCGCGUGA